AUGGCGGUCUCGGCGCUGCUUCUCGUUACUGUUCUACUUUAUAUCGACUUUGUGACAUCUAAAAUCGAUGUCAUCUAUUCGCCAAACGAGUUCCAACACUUUCGCACCGGCGAACGAAGAUCGUUGACAGUUCAAGUAACAGACAGCUCACCAUCUCAAGGAUCAGAAAAUCGCAGUCUCCAGGUGAAAUGUGAGGACACAUUUACUUGCAAGGUUCUCUCCUAUCCGGAAUAUGUGCUUCUGCUGCCGGAUGAGAACUACACGUCCUCGUUUCACGUUGAGAUCGAGGCGCUGUUUCUCGGCGUCACUCAGCUGAGCGUCACCGUUGGAGACGAAUCUGUCGAACCAUUCCCAUUGCGUUUUCUUCGCUCAAAUCAUGACCAAAAAGUAACACUGGUGUUCACAAUAUUUAUAGCAAUUUUCGUGCUAAUUAUCUCGUUUAUGAUGGGAACGCAACUCGAACCAAAAAGGAUCAUCGGGAUUGUUCGGAAACCAGUUGGACCAACAGUCGGAUUCUUCUGUCAAUUUGGUCUCAUGCCCACGCUUGGCUUUCUCCUCGCCGAGUUCGGCCUACCGGCAAACGAAAUUUCCCUCAAAUUGGCACUUUUUGCGGUGUCCACAUGUCCUGGUGGUGGGAAGAGCUCAUUUUGGACGAUUAUUUUCGGCGGAAACCUCGAUCUUUCAAUUUCGAUGACCUUCACGCAAACAAUCGCUGCACUGUUUAUGAUGCCCUUAUGGAUGUCAACCCUUGGCAAACACUUCACCGACGCUCAUGUUCGCAUUCCAUUUUCAAAGAUGAUUGAGGGCCUCGUCGGGCUUAUAAUACCUACUGGAUCUGGCAUGAUUAUGUCUCAUUUCCGUCCUCAGUACAUCACUGCUAUUAGUAAAUGGAUCAAAAGAUUGUCGUGGGCGGCGAUGAUUGUGAUCUUUGCAUUUGCGCUCUAUGCGAAUUACUACAUUUUCUGGUUGAUCACAUGGCCUAUUGUACUGUGUGGAUGUGCGUUGCCAUGGCUUGGGUACCUUACAGCGUUCAUCGUUGCGAUGUUGUUUAAGCAAAACUUUAAGGACUGCAUCACGAUUGCUAUAGAGACAGGAAUUCAGAAUAUAGGAAUUGCAAUGCUCCUGGUGAUGUGGUGUUUCCCGGCACCUGAGUCGGACAUUGCCGUCACAAUUAUUUUCGUUGUCGCCAUCGUAACCGACAAACCGUUGCUUAUUAUAUGGCUCGUAUCGAGGGCAUAUAUGAAAUGUUGUAAAAGAGAUACUGUAGCACAGGUCGAGGAUAAGCCUGAAAAAUUGCAAGAGAUUUCGACGCCAAGCAGCACUGAUGAGUCUGAUAGUUCAGCGUUCGAUCCAAAGGAUAAGGAACUGGAAAAGAACUUCCAGGAAAUUUUCAUAGGCUCUGACAAGGAACAACAACAACAACAACGAUAA